AUGUUUUUAACAACAGUACUGCUCCGAAAGAGAAUUCCUGGAAAUCAAUGGAUUGGAAAGUACAGGCGACCAAGAGUGGUUACCCUUUCAAUGAAGCAAGCAAUGGUCCGAAGGUUGGAAAUUGAAGCAGAGAAUGAAUAUUGGCUGAGCCGACCUUACCUGACCCGGGAACAGGAGUACAAACAUAAUACAGAAGAGAGACUUGCAAAAUGGGAAGCUUUCAAAAGCCGGAUGAAAGCAAAGUUCCCUGAGCAUAGAUACAUGAGUGAUCAUUUAAACCACUUAAAUGUGACAAAAAGGUGGACAUCUUGA